AUGAGUUACAAAACCAACUAUGAGCUCUACUCUCGAGGAAGCAUCGACAGCAGACGGUCACCACCCCCGCCAGAAGAGCUUCUCUCACCGUUAGCAACCCUCUACCCGCAUGUCGCGGCCCUGCAGCCACAGUACAAUCCCAGCAACUGCACCUUCACCGGUUACCGUGACACGGGAUAUUGGGCUGCGGCCUACACGACACAGCCUAUCGAUGAUUCCUCCAUGUCCAUGCAUCGCUUCAGUGCCGAGAUGAUCUAA